AUGACCUACAACCUCGAUUUCAGCUCCAAUGCUUGCAACAUUCCAGUCACUGGGAUGGACGUUGCCAUUAGCGCUGAAACCUUCGACCCACAUUCUCCACUGACCGGCGGCAUUGCCAAUCCCAACCGUAACAGUCUUUGCGGGAAGACACUACAAAUCACCCACCCGACGACUGGCGCUCAGGUCAUGGCAACAAUCGUCGACCGCAAGGCGUCCGGAAGCCCAGAAGCCAUCGAUGUGAGCCAGUCUGUGUUCGCAGCUCUUGGUGUGGACAGUGCGCUUGGCCACUGCGAGGUCACGUGGGCUGAGCCCAGUUACCCUUAA